GGUUCGUAUCGGAAGUCGAGCCUUCGCAUCGCAUCUCAUCGCAUCGCACUGGGGUUUAUUGCAUCACCAUCAGAGAGAGCGAGCGAGAGAGAGAGCUUUGAGGUUGUAGGAGGAGGAGGAGAAGUGUUGCUAGCAUUGAGUAUGCUGUGCGUUUAAGCGUUUUGUGUCGCGUCCCCCACCCAGUUUUCUCCCCAUGUCUCCCUUGCGGUAGUUUUUUUUUUUUUUUUUUUUUUUUUUUUCCGGUGUCGUCAGGUGGUAAUGGCUCAGUGACCGGACUGAUUGGCUGCGAUAAGUGAGGGGGAGGUGAUUGAUUGAGGGUUGGAUAGGGGAGGAGCGAAAGAGAGAGAGAGAGAGAGAGGAGAAAGCAGUGCGUUGGUCUGGGAUUUUAGUUCUUAUAGCUCCAGUACUCUGUCAACGAUGUUUUGACUUUCUCUCAUGCGGGUCGUGAAUCCUCAGUGCAGCAGUUUCGCUGCCUGCCCGUGCGGGGUGUCCGGAUAGUGGACUGUGAACAGGAAGAAGAGUUAGGCAGUUUCAUUUGUCUCUGUUUUUUAGGGGAGAAUCUUGCUGGAUUGGUGCUGGGUCUACUGAUUUCUGGAGCCUCUGAGCGCCAUGUGCUUGUUUGCACACUGCGAAGGAUUCUCUGCUGUGUUUCAGUUGAUGUGAUCUCUGCGUUGUGUGUCGCCACUGAAGUUGGACGUUAAUUGGAGUAGCUGAAUUUUUUUUAGUAGUCUUUUAAUGUUUUAAUGUUUUAUUUUUUAAAAAAAUAAUAAUUAUAAUUUUGCCUUCUUUCUCCCCUUCUCUUCUCCCCUCCUCGCUGUAAAAGUGUGGGGGCUUAUGGCAAGCGGCGUGGCUCAAAGUUGAGCAGCUUUCUUUUGCAUCUGAAUGUAUUGGCGAAGAUUCCCUUCGUCGGUGCUGAGCUCCGUCUGCGCGGAGAUCUGACAUUGCAUGGUUUAUUGGAGCUCGGGGGUUGUUUCUUUUCUUGGGGCUGUCGGAGUGCGUAUUUAUUUCUUCCAGAAAGUGGGUUGGCUUCCCCGUCCAGCCUUGUUGACGCCCAGAUCUGGAGUCCACUAGAAGAAGUGGAGGUCAGAUCCAAGUUCUGCUGGGAGGGUUGUGAAAGCUAGGGUUAGAUCAGAGUGAUAUGAUCAAGAAGACAGGUUCAGAAGGGUAGCUGGGGUAUUCAAGAGUGAUUUUCGUCUUUUAUUUUCUUUAUUAUAAUUAUUUAUUAUUUACUCUUGUGCCGUAGCCUAUACGGGAGGCAACGAUGCGGAUGAGGGGGAAUGUAAGUGGGGGCAGUAGUAGCAAUAUAACAUGGAGAGGUGUUUUGGUCCUCUGCGUUGCGAGUUUCUGUGUCGGCUUGUUAUUUACUAAUAGGAUGUGGGCAAACCCUGAAUUUAGCGAUGUGAUAAGAACAGAUUGUGACCCUAAACCUAGGUCAGGCAACGGGGAUGGCUCUCAAGUAGAGUUGAUGGACGAAGUAUCUCGAACUCAUCAAGUGAUUCAAACACUGGACAAGACUGUCGCUUCUCUAGAAACAGAGCUCGCAUCUGCUCGAGAACAGAAGGCUACAGCGACGAUAGUGAAACAUUCUCAGUCUGAGUCUAUACGUCAAUCAGCUGGGGAGCGUAUCGAAGGGCGGAAGAAAGCUUUCGUGGUAAUUGGAAUUAAUACUGCAUUCAGUAGUAGGAAGAGGCGAGACUCCGUACGAGAAACGUGGAUGCCUCAGGGGGAUGAUCUUAGGAGGCUUGAGGUAGAAAAGGGAAUUGUGAUGCGGUUUGUGAUUGGACACAGUGCGACCCCUGGCGGCAUUCUUGACCGAGCAAUUGAGGCAGAAGAUAGUCAGCACAACGAUUUUUUGCGGCUUGACCACGUCGAGGGAUACCACGAGCUUUCGAUGAAGACCAAGAUUUACUUCUCAACAGCAGUGAGGAAAUGGGACGCAGAUUUUUACGUGAAGGUCGAUGAUGAUGUGCACGUGAACGUUGGGAUGCUUGCUACCACAUUGGCCAGACAUCGCACGAAGCCUCGGGUAUACAUUGGAUGCAUGAAAUCAGGGCCUGUUCUGGCGCAGAAAGGUGUGAAGUAUCACGAACCUGAAUACUGGAAAUUUGGCGAGGAAGGAAACAAGUACUUUCGGCACGCCACUGGCCAGAUUUAUGCUAUUUCCAAGGACUUAGCAACCUACAUUGACGUCAACCGGCCUCUUCUGCACAAGUAUGCCAACGAAGAUGUAUCUCUCGGUGCCUGGAUAAUUGGCUUGGAUGUAGACCACAUCGAUGACCGAAGCAUGUGCUGUGGAACACCCCCGGAUUGUGAGUGGAAGGCUCAAGCAGGGAAUGUCUGUGUUGCCUCCUUCGAUUGGACAUGCAGCGGGAUCUGCAAGUCUGUAGAAAGACUCAAGGAUGUACAUCAAAGGUGCGGGGAAGGUGAUGACGCUCUGUGGAGCACAACCAUUCAAUAGAGCCUCCGCACGAUGUCGGUUUUGGUAGCUUCAGGUUACCUGCAAUAGGUUGGAAAAGAAAAAAGAAGCGUCUAUAUGUCACUUUGACGUGAAGAUUUGCAGCAUAGUCUCCGUUUCGAUGCUUCUGCCAUGGACAAUGAGUCCCCAGCACCCAUUGUGUCCAGAGUGUAGGUAAUCAUCAUGUUGACAACUUUCAGUGAUGUACCGGUAUUAGUCUCUCGCAGAACUCAGCUAUUUAUGAAUAUCAAUAGGAUGACUCUCUUUAUUUUAUGUGGCUUGUGAUUACUUUCAGGAAGUCUUUUUUCUCCUUACAAUUUUUGUCCGGCCCUUAAAGUAUGCCAUUGGUUAGAAGAUUUAUUGCGUCGAGCCUGAUAACAUCCUUGCGGAACAAGAUCUUGCCUUCUAGGUCUUCCUUCUGUAUAUGAACAUGGUAGAGAGCAUGUUUCUCACUUGUAAACCCUUACUCUUUUUUUCUUCAUUA